GAGAAGGACAGGGACUCCUCAACAGCCAGAACACCACAGACUUCAGGACAGCUGCUGGAGGAGCACUCUGCCACACAUUACCAGCACUCUGAAGGACACUGACGAUUUCACACCAAAAUUCCACUUGAUGAAUGUCUACAGAGUUGUCUGAUCAAGCAGAACAUGGAGGCCGACGCUGCUGUAGCCUCCGAUCCCCCAAGCAGCCAGGACAUCGCUGCCAUCCAGGAUGAAGAUGUCCUCAAUAAAAUGCUGGAUAAAGCUGUUGAUUUUGAGGAGAGGAAAAUGUUGCGAGCUGCACUCAGGGAACUGCUUAAGACAAAAAGAGAUAAGAGGGAGAAGGACCGGGGGUCCAGACAGGAAGACUUGAAGGGUCUGAACCAAAGAGGGCAGCCAAAACCAAAGACUCCGGUGUCACCCAUUCAGAUGUCCUUUAACGGGCCCCCCAAGACCGCCAGCAGCUCAGACACCAGUGUAAGAAGCCCAACCGCCGCAGCGCCCAACACUAAAAAUGUCAAGCAGAUGCUGUUGGAUUGGUGUCGCGCCAAAACGGAGCCAUAUGAGGGGGUGACCAUCAAGAACUUCUCUUCCAGUUGGAGCGACGGCAUCGCGUUCUGCGCGCUAGUGCACCGCUUCUUCCCGGAUGCCUUCGAGUACUCCACCCUCAACCCCAACAACCGCAGAGACAACUUUGAGUUGGCGUUCACCACCGCAGAGAAGUUGGCAAAUUGUCCCCCCCUGCUGGAUGUGGAAGACUUACUGCGCAUGGCAGAGCCAGACUGGAAGUGUGUCUACACAUAUAUCCAAGAGUUCUACCGAUGUCUGGUGGAGAAAGGCCUGGUCAAAACCAAAAAGAGGACGUAGACGGCAACAUCUUCGUAUUUUUCUUUUACACCUAUUCUUUUUUUUACGGCAACAUAUUUUCCUUUUACACCAAUUUUUUUUAAACAGGAUUUACUCUUACAUCAAACGUAAUACGACACUGUACUUAAUGUACAGAACUCACCAUGAUGAUAAGCUUUGGUUUCAUGGAGUGUUUUCACCACUAAGUAUAAAAGUGUUUUUUUAAUAAUUGCACAUCCUUGUAGAGUGCUCUAUUUGCAGUUUGUUUGUGUAGGUGUUAGUAAAUGCUUGUCUGUGUGUGUGUGUGUGUGUGUGGACAGCUGGUACUUAGGAACAUCAUGUUCUGCUGAGAUUAUACAGAUCUGCAUUUAACGCAUGGAGGCGGCAAUGCAUUUUCAAGGCAUGUCUACAUUGUUUUUAAAGCCUACAAUUUAUAGACAUUAUUUUUGUUCCUCUUUAAUAAAACAUGUCUAAAAUCAUAUUAAAACA